AACAAAACAUUCAAAAAUUAUUUUUUGUAAUUUUAUGUAAUAUUUUCAAAUAUUUAAUUUUAUUCCAGUUUAAGUAUCUUUAGCUUCUGAUAUUAUUUUGAAAUGGAGUUAUCAUCGAAAGUAAUAGGUUCAAUAGGCAGAUUUUGGAGAACUAAUGUGUAAGCCAAGGAUCAGACACUCAUUUUAGAGUGGAUUCAUCCAAACUCAUAGCUUUGCAACCCAUUUCAUGAUUUUGCAAGUGUUUGAAAGUUUUCCUUUUUGUAUCAUAGCCGGUAGUAGUAUAUCAAUGACCAUAGUGGUAUCUUAUUAAUUUGCUUGUUUUAACUAAUAGUCAAGAGGUUAUGAAGUUUCUUUUGACUAGCUGAGGUUAAAAAUAUAUAUAGUCCAUCUUUUAGUAGUCCUAGUUACAGAAUCAGACAAGAUGCGAGUGCCAAAAGCACUAAAUCCACGGAUCCAGAAGCAGUUAUUAAUGAGAUUUGGGGUAUAUGAAAAGGUUUGGCCAGUGGAAACUACUCCAAGCAGAAUAGUACCAGAACAUAUUGAGAGGCCAGAUUAUGUAGCAAAGACACAAAAGCUAAUUAUACCAAAAAAACCUGAAAUCAAAGAUGUUAACCAAUUAAGAGGAAUGAGAAGAAGUUGCAAAUUAGCUGCUAAUAUACUUGCACAAGUGGAAAACCUUGUUAAACCAGGUGUGACCACAGAUGAUAUAGAUGAGUUGGUCCACAAUCUGUCUAUUGAAGCAGGGGCAUAUCCUUCGCCGUUGCAUUAUAAAGGAUUUCCAAAGAGUGUAUGCACUUCGGUGAAUAAUGUAGCAGUACACGGAAUUCCGGACUUGAGACCUCUGGAAAAUGGAGACAUUAUUAAUGUGGAUAUUACUGUGUUCUUCAAAGGUUUCCAUGGCGACUGCUCCAAAACAUUUCUGGUUGGUGAUGUAGAUGACAAAGGCUUGCAACUUGUCGGUGUAACAGAGGAAAGCCUUGAGAUUGCUAUCAAAGCGUGUGGCCCCGAUGUGCCGUUUUAUGAAAUCGGAGCUCACAUAUCUAGACACGCGAAAAGGAAUCGAUUGACAGUAUUGCCUGCAUUUAUAGGUCAUGGUAUAGGACAGUACUUUCACGGACCUCCGGAAAUUUAUCAUUUUUAUGAUCGAUACACGCCACACCGGUACCCAGGCCUGAUGCAGCCAGGGAUGACGUUCACAAUAGAGCCAGUACUGUCUCAUGGAGGGGAACUGACUCUAGUCCUCGAAGACGGAUGGACUGCCAUCACCGAGGACGGGUCCAGGGCUGCUCAGGCGGAACACACUAUCCUCGUUACUGAAAAUGGCGCGGAAAUCCUUACUAAAUAAUACAUUAUAGUUGAAUAUACAUAUGAAUAAACGAUGCUAUUGACGCGCCUGUACUAGAAAGAACAACAAAAUAUAAGCUCAUGACUAUCUCAUUGAAAUAGUCGGAGGUAAAUCCAUCGCAAGAUGAACUAAGUACCCACACCUCACUAAGCUUUCUUUUAGACCAACGUGAUAGGUGGCCAGCGUAUCACCGUCUAUAAUGGUCGAGCCAACUGUGUUAGUGAAAAGUGCACUUAAAUUAAUAUUCAAUGGUGCAGAUGUUACAGUAUAAUAUGGUAAUCUGGGGUUUACUUCCGUGACUCCAUAUUCUAGCUGAUGCACCUCGAGAAAGCCUACGAGUGAAUGUAGAUGCGAUCCUUUGUAAUCUAAUAAGUAAUCCUGUUGUGAUAUUAUCAGUGUAAUUUGACUUGUAUACACAUAAUAUUAAAGUACAAUAACGAGUGUUCAGUGGUUGUUGCUCAAGUGUAGGUUUUUAUUUUACACAUUUUAUUUAAUUAACAUAUUUAUUAGGCCUGGCCCUAGGCUUGUUCCUGUUUUAUUGUUUGCUAUUCUACCUCCAUUUUGUGAUUAGCUAGCUAUAAGAAUUGUAAGACAAUUGUUUUACCAAAUAUUUGUCUCAAUUAGAAAUUGAGGCUCAUUUCUUUAAGUUUUAAGUGCAUGAAGUAGCUUUAUUGAUAUUAUAUACAAAUUACAUACAAUGUUGUGUUAUACAUAUAUUAGUGAAAUCAACAGUUAUAUAUUUGACAUAGUAUUUAUGAUUAAUAAUAAAAAUGAAAAACAACGUAG